UUAAACUAAAAAAAAAAAAAAUCCUAUAGAUCUCUCCCAUUUUUAUUAAGAUUGGAAAUAAUUCAAGCAUAUACUCAAAGAUAUCGUGGUCCUUCCAAACCUUGACUUUUCCUUGUACUUUUCUUUUUCUUUGUCCCUCACUGGUGAACUUCAAUCUCUUGGGAUUAUCGCUUUAUGUAAUGUUUAAGCUUCAUUAAUUUGUUUCCUUGUUCUAAAUUUCCUUCAAGCUCAUCUCCUCGCUACCAGGCGAUGAACCCAAUGAUAUUUAACAGGGAAAAGAAAGUUAUAAUGGAUGAUAUGAGCCCAAAGUCAAGCUCUGGGAGAUUUCGAAAAUGGUUCAAAAGGAAGCACAAGAACAAGCAGAAGCACAAGGAACCUGAUCCUUACAACUACCUGGAUGGACUUUCAGAUGGAGAAGAUGAAGGUGAUUAUAUCAUGGAAGAUGUUUACAUUAGUUCGUUUGAAAUGGAUCCAUGCACUUCGACCAAUGAGUUAAGAAUUUUUGUGGGAACUUGGAAUGUUGCUGGAAGAUCUCCUGUAGGAAGUUUAGCUGUUGAUUUAGAAGAGUGGUUGAAACCCCAGGAUGCUGCUGAUAUCUAUGUUCUCGGAUUUCAAGAGAUCGUACCAUUGAAAACUCGAACCGUGAUCGGAGCGGAAGAUCCGACUGAAGCAACAAAUUGGAAUUUGUUAAUAGGAAAAACACUAAAUGAAAACUUUGGUUGCCCUUGGUUGACUCCCAUGUUGAAUCCGGUCUCAAGUGACAACUACCAGUAUGUCAAAGUUCCUGACUGUGAAAGAAGAGCAAGUUUCAGUGGCGUAAUUGAUAGCACACUGAUGAGAGGGAGGUGGAUAACUCAGUACCAUCAGCAACUAGUUCUUGGUGGCAGCAAAUACAAGCUAAUGGCAAGCAAGAAAAUGGUUGGAGUUUUUAUAAGUGUAUGGAUGAAGAAGGAAUUGCUGAAGAAAUACUGUGUUUCAAAUGUGAAAGUUAGUUCAGUGGCCUGUGGAAUCAUGGGCUAUUUGGGAAACAAAGGUUCAGUGUCUGUUAGUAUGUCAAUUGAAGGUACCAGCUUUUGCUUCAUUGCUGCUCACUUGGCUUCAGGUGAGAAGAACGGUGAUGAAGGUCGAAGGAACCGUCAAGUUUCCGAGAUUUUUAAGCGAACUUCUUUUCCUCUAUCAGCCAAAGAUGAUGACAAUCGACAUCCUCUCACCAUCUUAGGACAUGAUCAGAUAUUCUGGUUCGGAGAUCUCAACUAUAGGCUAGACUUGGAAGACAAUUUAGCUAGGGAUCUGAUAAAGAAGCAAGACUGGAAAGCACUGCAGGGUUUCGAUCAGCUUCGAAAGGAACAAGAAGAUGGAGGAGUGUUUGAAGGUUGGAGAGAAGGGAACAUCAAAUUUGCACCAACAUACAAGUAUUCUUCAUCAAAUUGCAAUCGUUACUCGGGUGGCCUUCCCAACAGAUCAGGAGAGAAACAAAGGACUCCAGCAUGGUGUGAUAGAAUUCUGUGGUAUGGAAAAGGAGUGAAACUUUUAUCUUACUUUCGCAGUGAAAGUAAGUUUUCUGAUCAUCGGCCUGUCUCUGCUCAAUUCUCAACACAGAUAGAAGUCAUGAAAUCCACCAAUUCAAGAUUUCUAGACAAGGAAACCAAUUUUCAUAAUAUUAUGCCUCCAGAACAGAUUUGUUUUCAUUGCAGGGACCAAGCAUAAACAAAGAAGAAGGCAAACCUACAUUACUAUCUUUGAUUGUAAAGGAUACAGAAUCAUCUUCAACACAUAUGCAAGUAGAUACAAAUUAUUAAAGCAGAUUCGGCAGGCCUACAGCUAAAUUGUUUAACUAUAGGUCGGCUUUGAGGAGGCAUCAUUAUUUCUUAAUCUUCUUUCAUCUCUUACUUUUUGUCAGACAUGGUUAUAUGAAUUGGCUAUGAGUUGGAUGUAGAGAUGUAACCUAGUGCUUAUAAUACUAUAAAUGCAAAGAGAAGUUCCUAAUGAAUUGAUAAUUGAAUAAGAA